AUGUGUUUGUCCAGCAGGGUGUGGUUACAAGGCAGCGUGCAAAGAUCUCAGCUCCACCCUUGCUUGGGCAAGGCCCUCAGCACGCUGGCAUCUGGGUUGGCCUUGUUAAAGGACAGAGUUGGUCUGAGUCUCUUGGGGCCCUUCCAGUGCCAGUGUGUGGUCUGUGGCUCCACUAAAGAAGCAGACGGGCUAUGCACCGGAGAACUGUCUGUGAGCCCGGGUCCAUGCACAGGUUUGGAGACAUGUUCUAAGAAAGAGGUGGCUGCCCUGCCCACUGCCUCACUGCAUCUCCUCCUUCUAUACCACCAUCCAGAAACAUCAGGGAACAGGUCAGUUCAGGAUUCUCUCCACACCACUGGAAUACACCUGACAUGUUCUGGUCCUGAACCUGGUCCAUUCUCCUAUCUGAAAACUGUCCCAGGGAGACUGAGAAGGGAGGCUGGAAACUUGCUUCUAAAUACAGUCGGCUGUGAGACAGAUAUCUCACUCCUUUUACAUUCCUAA